ACUUUUGACACCGUAGCUACGGACAGCGAAAUGGGACAAGUUUGUUUUACUGCUGCUGAAUAGGAAGCUAACCAUCGUUCCGUUAACAUGGCAGCACACCUGAAAAAGCGAGUUUAUGAAGAGUUUUCCAAAGUUGUACAGAUUCCCCAUGAAGAAGCUCCGGCCAAGAAGCUGCGUCUGUCCAAGCCCAGUAAGUCUGCAGCUCUGCACAUUGACCUUUGUAAGGCCACCAACUCUACUGAUGCCCUGCAGUACCUGCUGCAGUUCGCACGCAAGCCUGUGGAGGUGGAGAGCGUGGAAGGUGUGGUCAGGAUCCUUUUGGAGCACUACUACAAGGAGACAGAUAACUCCGUGAGGUUGAAGAUCGCCUCUCUGCUGGGUCUGCUGUCCAAAACGCAGGGCUUCAGCCCCGACUGCAUCGUAGACGACGCCAUCAACACGCUCAGCAACGAGAAAUCUCACCAGGUUCUCGCUCAGCUGCUGGAAACUCUGCUGGUCAUUGGUACACAACUGCCUGAGAAUCCUACAGUCAGACAGAGGCUGAUAGAGGUGGCCUACAAGCAUCUGUCUGAUACGUAUUUCGGGGUGAGGAACAAAUGUCUGCAGCUCCUGGGGUGUCUCGGCAUGGUGGACACUCCACUGACCAAAGACAGUGAGGGACAGGGCACGUCAAUAGGAGGAGCGAGGGACGUCCAAAGUAUCAUCAGCGACUACUUUGGAGAUCAGGACCCCAGAGUCCGCACCGCAGCCCUCAAAGCCAUGCUGCAGCUGCAUGAUAGAGGAAUGAAGAUUCAUCAGAUCAUUUAUGAGCAGGCCUGCAGGUUGCUGGCAGAUGAUUACGAGCAGGUUCGCUCUGCAGCAGUGCAGAUGGUUUGGGUGCUCAGCCAGUCGUACCCAGAAAGCAUUGUGCCCAUCCCGUCGUCCAAUGAGGAGAUCCGAUUGGUUGAUGAUGCAUUUGGGAAGAUCAGUCACAUGGUCAGUGACGGCUCCUGGAUGGUACGAGUGCAGGCCGCCAAAACACUGGGUUCGAUGCUGCAGGUCAGUCCUCACUUUCUGGAGCAAACUUUGGAUAAGAAGCUGAUGUCAGAUCUCAGGAGGAAGCGCACGGCUCAUGAACGUGCGAAGGAGCUCUUUGCUUCUGGAGAGUUCUCCUCUGGCAGGAAGUGGGCCGACGAUGCCCCCAAAGAGAAACUGGACACCAACACUGUCAACCUCAUCGCCUCAGGGGCCUGCGGCGCCUUCGUCCACGGCCUGGAGGACGAGAUGUUCGAGGUGCGUAUUGCAGCAGUGGAGGCGUUGUGCCAGCUGGCUCGGUCGUCUUCCACCUUCGCUGAAAAGUGUCUCGACUUCCUGGUGGACAUGUUCAACGAUGAGAUCGAGGAAGUGAGGCUGCAGUCCAUCCACGUGCUGAGAGAAAUCUCUACUCACAUAACGCUCAGAGAGGACCAGCUGGACACGGUGCUGGCUGUGUUGGAGGACUCGUCUCGUGACAUCAGAGAAGCUCUCCAUGAAUUACUUUGCUACACCAAUGUCUCCACUAAAGAGUGCAUCCAGCUGACUCUGCUGGAGCUGCUGAAGAACCUCAACAAGUAUCCCUCCGACCGCAACUCUGUCUGGAAGUGUCUGAAGUUCUUGGGUUCCCGCCAUCCAACGCUGGUGUUGCCGCUAGUUCCUGAACUGCUCAGCACACACCCGUAUUUCGACACACCAGAGCCUGACAUGGACGAUCCAGCCUACAUCGCGGUGCUGGUGUUGGUGUUCAACGCUGCCAAGUCAUGUCCCACCAUGCCGGCGCUGUUCUCCGACCACACCUUCAGACACUACGCCUACCUGAGGGACAGUCUGUCGCACCUCGUACCACCGCUAAGAUUGCCGGGCAGGAAGCUGGUGUACUGUUUGGACUCGGCGGACUCUGGUUGCGGUUCGGGUUCUGUGGAAUCAGCUCAGCUCUUCCUUCAACAGAGUCUGAACAGAAUCAGCACCAUCCAGAACCUGGAAGCACCCGGAGGCCAGGACCUGCUCAACUUCACCAUACGAGACCUGCAGCGGCUGGGCGAGCUGCAGACCGAGUUGGCUGGAGCUGCUGACUUCUGCGCUACGUACCUGCGCUGCCAGCUGCUGCUCAUGAAGGCUCUGCAGGAGAAGCUGUGGAACAUGGCCGUCCCUCUCUGCCUCAAACAGAACGUCAUGGCCACUGCAGCUGCUCAACAGAUCCUGGAGGAAACAUACAAGCUGGAGUUUAUGUACAGCGGUUUGCAAAACAGACAGGUGGCCACGAUACAUCAUGUUCGCCUCCAGGCCAAAGCUCUGCAGCUCAUCCUGACUGCUCGCACCAGGCAGGGGCUGGAUCCUCUCAUCAGCAGCUGUGAGAAGUUUUUGCAGGACGUUGAGUCUUUUCAGAGGCUGUUUCUGACAGAGCUGCCUCACCUCCAGGACUGUUUUGUGGAAAAGCUGUUGGAGCUGAUGCCCCGGCUGUCGUCCUGUAAACCCGCAGAGCUGGUUAAGAUCCUCCAGACAACGCUAAGACAGAGUGGCCUGCUGCAGCUCAGACUGCCUGAACAGAUCCAUCGGGCAACAGCCAACAUCAUAGAGCCGACAGGGGAGUCGGACAACCCGCUCAAGUUCACAACUGGCCUGGUGGUGGCGCUAGACAUUGAUGCAACGCUAGAACACGUCCAGGACCCCCAGAACACUGUCAAAGUACAGGUUCUGUAUCCAGACGGUCAGAGUCAUGUGAUCCAUCCUAAACCUGGAGACUUCAGAAAGCCUGGUCCUCAUAGACACAGACUCAUCACACAGGUCUACCUCUCACACACCGCAUGGACAGAGCCGUCUCAGAUUGAAGUGCGUCUCCUGCUGGCCUACAGCUCCUCCUCGACCUCCCUCUCCUCCCCUUCCAAGCUGGGGUGGAGCGACAGCAUCGACAGCCUCCCGCCGCCUGAGGCUUCUGUAGAGGGAACUAUUCCGUUUAGCAAACCCGUCAAAGUCUACAUCAUGCCGAAACCUGCCCGACGCUAACGAUACAGAGGAGACGGACAAACAUUUAACUCUUUUCAGUUUUUGUGUUACGUUCAUUAGUGUUAGCCUCGUCAGUGCAAACUUCCAUUAACAAUAAUUGACCUGAAUUCAAAAACAGCCAUUUUUUAACAUUUGGCCAUGCAUGUCAUGUAUAAGUGGAAGGAAGCACAAGAGUAUUUUUCAUUCAUGAGGAAUAUUUUUUGUACUCAACAAUUGUUU